AGUGUGUGUGUGAUUAUGAGCUGUAACAACAUGGCGGACCCGCGGAGACACAACAAGAUCUUCCGCUACAAGCCUCCCAGCAGUGACUCUAAUCCCACUCUAGAGGAUCCGACCCCAGACUACAUGAACCUCCUGGGCAUGAUCUUCAGUAUGUGUGGGCUCAUGCUCAAGUUAAAGUGGUGCGCAUGGAUCGCAGUGUACUGCUCCUUCAUCAGUUUUGCGAACUCGCGCAGCUCAGAGGACACCAAGCAGAUGAUGAGCAGCUUCAUGCUCUCUAUAUCAGCGGUGGUGAUGUCGUACCUGCAGAACCCUCAGCCCAUGUCACCGCCAUGGUAACCAAGGUCAUGACCCCUGGGGGAGGUCAGGAGGAUCAAAUGCAUAUCUUCCAGCAAGCUCCUCCCUGUCCCUCCUAAUUGGCUGAGGACUGAUCACACUGUAGAUAGUGUGUGUGUGUGUGUGUGUGUGUGUGUGUGUGUGUAAGGGAAACACUGUUAUUAUAAAAUAAAGAGGAGUUAUAAACCUAAAAAC